AUGAACUGGUCGCCAGAUUAUUUAGCUGAGGUAAUCCAGGAAAAUUUGAGCUUCCGAAUUGGUCAAAGAAACGCGAAUGGCUUAUCUCCUCAGUGGGAAUGCGAUGCUCAUUAUGUUUCCACUAGUGUUACUGAUUUCGUUUCGUGGUGCCGUGGAAAUAACACUUUGGCUUUUGGUGAGUACCCACAGAAUGAAUGGUGGGCAUAUGCUGCUUACUUGCACAUGGGGACGACACCAGCCCUCUCAUCACUCCAAAAAGAUGUCCCUUGGAAUUCUAUAUUUCCUUACUUACCAAAUCCUAAUGGUUCGACUUUUUGGCUUGGUACUAACCAAUCCCAUACUGGAUGUCACUAUGAUACAUAUGGCGUAAACUUUGUGCUUCAAGUCUUCGGAAAAAAACGCUGGAUUCUAUUUCCACCCACGGACACCCCUUUUCUAUACCCUACCCGUCUUCCAUUAGAAGAAUCCACUGUAUUUAGCCGCGUUAAUUUCAAGUGUCCGAAUUUUGUUAAGUAUCCUCUUAUCUUAAGUGCUCAUCCAAGGGUAGUUACUCUUCAGUCCGGUGACAUUUUAUUUGUUCCUCGCCACUGGUGGCACUUUGUUGAAACAGUAGAGGAGGAUAUUUCUUGCGCUGUCAACUUGUGGAUUGAUCAACCUCAGUUGGACAACACGGUUCGUUGCAAGGAAGCGCUUACUCAACUCGCAUGCUUUUCCUUAGCACAAUGUGCUCCCGGGAACAGUGGUAUUAUUAAUCGCUUACAUGCAGCUGAGAGGGCCUUCGCCAGGUCAGAGAAUUGGUUUAAUUGUUUGGUGGAGUGUAUUGAUGCUCACAUCUCUUCUGUACCCCUAACACGUUCCUCCGCUCCUCAGAUAACAAGUGGUCCAGUGCUUGACUGGAGUAUAUUGUCUGCAACCGACAUCGUUGAUAUUCUUCCUGAUUCAAAUAAACUACCUUUACCUUCCGGGAGUUUUGAGGUGAAUUUAGAGAAAAUCAUUGCUGCUUUUCUUCAUCCGGAUGUAAUAGAUCUUGUAUAUUCCAAACUCGGUGAAUAA